AAUGUUAGGAUAGAUAGCUCAUAUAUUCAUAUUUAUAUAUAUUUAUUUGCUGGAAUUUUUCGGAAAAACCUAUAAAAAAUGGCCUAUAUAUUUUAGCAGCAUUGGAUUCAAAGAACAGAGAGCCCGGAGGAUCAUUGUAAGGUGUUCAUUCCUCUCGAGGGUUUUAUACUCAACCAGUUACAAAUGGCUACAAUACCUGCUGCUUCCCUGCUAUCUUUAUCUACCCUAUGCCCCAGAGAAUGGAAUUCCUUGAAAACAUCAUCAUUUGUACCAAGGUGGGCUAAUAACAACUGCCUGAAACAGGUUGUUUUGAAGCAAUCUGGGAAAAAAUAUCCUUCUUGGGCACGAGCUAGCCAAAUUACAGGAAGUGCGGCUAUUACUGCUGAGAAAUUGAACCAAGAGAUUGGUUGCUUGGGAGUGAAAGCAGAAGAGGGAGAAGGAAAGCUUACAAAAGUUGUUCUCAAAUCUGAUGGUGGUAGUGAAGUAGAGAUAUAUUUGUUUGGAGGAUGUAUCAGUUCGUGGAAGAUUCCUGAAGGAAAAGAUCUUCUUUUUGUGCGACCGGAUGCUGUUUUCAAUGGACAAAAGCCAAUCAGCGGAGGCAUCCCACAUUGUUUUCCUCAAUUUGGGCCAGGCCCUAUGCAGCAGCAUGGCUUUGCACGGAAUAUGACAUGGUCAGUUGCCUCAUCUUCCAAUUCAGAAGGAAAUCCAACGGUAACUUUAGAGUUGAAAGACAAUGCCUAUACUCAUUCCAUGUGGGAUUUCAAAUUUUUGGCAACAUAUAAGGUCACAGUCGAUUCUGAUAAACUCUCAACGGAAUUGAUCAUUAAAAAUACGGACAAUAAGGCAUUUUCUUUCACUGCUGCACUGCAUACGUACUUCCGUGCAUCUGUCACAGGUGCAUUAGUUAAGGGACUUAAAGGUUGCAAGACUUUAAGCAAGUUUCCAGAUCCACAAAAUCCCGUUGAGGGUGUGGAGGAAAGGGAAAUUGUAAAUUUCCCAGGAUUUGUGGAUUGUAUUUAUCUUGAUGCACCAAACAAGCUGCGGCUUGAGAAUGGACUCGGCAAUGCCAUAUCUAUUGAAAACAAAAACUGGGGAGAUGCUGUACUGUGGAAUCCUCAUUUGCAAAUGGAAGCUUGUUACAAAGAUUUUGUGUGUGUUGAAAAUGCCAAGAUCGGAAAGGUGGAACUAGAGCCUGGACAGACAUGGUCUGGACUGCAAUAUCUGACUGCCAGCUGAUUGGAGCUCAUGGUCAAGUGUUUCUAAAGGUUGAUUUUGGAAAAUUUACGACAAACAAGUUGAUUUCAUGCCUUUAUUUUCUUGAAAAGGCUUGCAGUUGAGUCAGAAGUUAUCAUAUACAUGAUAUUCCAUGCUAUUGUUACUCUUAUGAGAUUGCAAUAAGUUCAUUCCUCUCCAAUUCUGCUGGAUAAAUGGACAAAGGAAAACUAAGCUCUUGCGAAGCAUUGAAAUAUCAAAUCUGAAUUUAUUGGAUGGCCACAACUUGCUUUCAGUACUA